AUGGCUGGGAUACCGGUGUUCGUAGCUAUAUUAGUCGGGCUGAUUUCAUCUUUUGUACAAUCACUAGGAUUGACUAUUCAACGUAAAUCACAUGUGUUGGAUUCAAAUUUACCAAUAUCAUCAAGGAAGAAACCUAUUAAAAGACCACUAUGGUUAUUUGGAUUUGGGAUUUACAUGACAUCUAAUAUAUUUUCAACGAUAUUUCAACUAGAUGCUUUACCUAUCGUUAUCCUAGCACCUUUAGGAGCGGUUUCAUUAAUUUAUAAUGCUAUUUUAGCAAGGGUGAUGUUGGGUGAUCAAUUCGGUUCAACAUGGAUCAUAGGUACCGCUCUAAUCGCAUUGGGUGCUGUUGGAAUAGCUAUUUUUGGUGUCGUUGAAGAAUCUCAUCAUGGUUUGAAUGAAAUUUUACUUUUAUUCAAAAGACCUCCUUUCGUCGUUUUCUUUACUAUUACAAGUUUCUUGACUGCUUUGGUAUUGAUCGGAGCUCACAUAGCUUCAUUUCAUGUAUAUCGGCAAUUAUCUCGUAUACAAUUACCUGACGAUAAUUCUGGAGAUUCAACACCUACUUCUUUAGUACCAUCCAAUUACGCUUCGUCACAUACAGCCUCGCCCGCUAUACCAUUCCGUACGACCAGAAAUAGUAAACAAUGGAAACCAUUAUUAUCGUCGUCAUCAGAUUCAGCAUCCUCUUUCAUCCCGAAUAGUAACAAGCCGGAUGAUAUAGGAUAUCAAACUCAAAUUCAUAAACUCUCAAUCACUAUACCAAAUACUACGCUGCAAAAUCCAGCAACAGGCCCCAAUCAGAAUACAGACGCGAACCCGAGUACCAAUUCGAUCAACUGUACUAUAACCUCAAAACAGCAAAGAACGUUGACUUUAUGUGGAUUAGCAUUCGCGUCUGCAUCCGGAACGUUAUCUGGCAUGUGCCUGGUAUUAGCAAAAGCAGCGGUUGAGUUACUGGUCAUAUCGAUAAAUCAUUGGAGAACAGGUCAAGGUGAAAAUGAAUUUCUAAAAUUGCAAACUUGGUUCCUAUUUCUCGGUUUAAUAAUAUGUGCAGUAUUACAAUUGGUUUAUCUAAAUCACAGUUUGACUUUUGCUGGUCCAGCUAUUAUCUGUCCUUUGGCUUUCUGUUUCUUCAAUCUAAGUAGUAUAUUCAGUGGAAUGGUAUUCUACGAUCAAUUUUCUCGGUUAUCAACUAUUCAAAUCACUUUUGUCUCACUAGGUGUAGCGAUCUUAUUGAUAGGAGUAUGGGUCGUCUCGGCCGUUCAACCUGAUUCAGCAGUUGACGUGGGAACUUGGAUAGAAGAAGAAUCGAAUAUUGAUAUUGAAGAAGAAGGAGAAUCGUUUUUCCCUCAUCAAGAAUCACAAUCUCCAACAGAUCAUGACGAGAAUGGACCAUUAGCUCCUUCUUCUCAAAUAUCGAAUCAAGAUCGAAUGACUCAAUCCUACCCCCAACCUCAAUCCCAACGAACGUCGCUCAAUUUCACGAAUAACAAUAAUGAUGAAACAAGUACACCACCGACAUUACAUAGAUCAGUAUUCUCAAAUCCUGAUAUACCAUCACCGACUCGCGCUCACCCUCACCCUCAAACUCCUACAUCACCAUUAUCACCUAUAUCGAGAAAGCAUAGAAGGACACGAUAUGGUUCUUUGAUACCUGAUUUAGUACCCACCGGUGCACCUACUGGAUUCUCAAUUGGUUUAGGUGCUUCAUCACCUGGUUUCGCAUUAAGAUCAGGCAGUUUUAGUCAUGAUGGUGAAUUUCAUCCUCAUCAUGGUCACUCUCCCUUGAUAGGUCAUCCAAACGCAAAUGCAAAUGCCAGUGGAAGUGGGAGCGGGAGCGGGAGCGGCCUGAUAGGUCUGGGAUUAAAUUCAGAAUCGGGACACGGACAUUCAAGGAUAAGGAGUAGAUCUGAAGGUCAAAGGGGUUUAAUGGCAAUUAUUACUGGACAAGAUGAAUCUGCAUACGAAGCCAGAACAGAAGAUCAAGAUCCGGAUCAACAAGGAGGUGAACACCGACAGGAGGAUAAUCAGACAGAAGGUGAAUUGAGAGAAUGGAGAGAAGGUGAUAAGAGGAAAGCAUGGUGGGAGAGAUUAUUCGGUAGAAAGACGAAUCGGAACAAGAUCAGGUUGGAAGGUGACGAAGGGUCCUAA